AUGGAAGGACAGAGCCGGAGGGUGGUGCUGUGGACGAUCGGGGUGGUGCUGCUGCUGUCAGGGUAUUUCUACACAGAGACCGUGUCUGGUUUCCUUCCAGAUGCAACUUGGGAGCAGACGUUGGACUCGGAGGAGCGUGGUGAACAUUUGGACUCAGACCAGCUUCUGUACAGACAACACGGUGCUCUAUCUCGAAGAAAAAGGAAUAUCUUGUUUCCCAGCGGAGUCAAGUUUUGCACUCAGGAGACGUUCGACCAGGCCGUCGCCAACCACCUCAACUACUUCCACCUCAGAGUGUGCCAGGAGACGGUGUGGGAGGCAUAUAAGAUCUUCUGGGACCGGCUGCCAGAGCGGGACGAGUACCAGGAUUGGGUCGGUCGCUGCAUGGACGGCUCCGCCACCGUCAUGGACAUUGGCCGGUUCUUCAGCCAAUCAGAAGAACACAUCAGCCUUGUCAAGAGUAGAGUCGCCAUGGCUACAGCGAUGAACAGUGUGCCCAUCACCUCAGGUCCUCCUCCGUGCAGCUCUGAAACAACAACGGUCCAGACUGCAGAAUCAGUGACUCAGCCAGGGGAAGACGUUAACACGGAAGUGAUAAGAGCAGAAACAGGUGAAACAGCAGAAGAAGAACUAGCAGUUGAAACAGAAGAUGUCACAUCGGACAUAAUCUCAACCGACCAAGAUGACCUUUCACCGGACUUUGAGGGCACUGAUUGGACACCUCCAUCCUCUACAACCGAAGGGUCUGUUCAAGAGGCUGCAACAUCCUGGAUCGGGAUCCCUGUGGAUUUGACCUCUGAGCCUGAGGAAGAUGUCCAGGAGACUGGAGGUGGCAUCACUUCAGAAAGUCCCCCUUUGGUCAUUACUGACACUCCGAAGACUGAAGAAAUAGGUGUUGAGGACAUUGCAGAGGACAUUGCCACAGAGGUUAGUGACUCUGAUAAGCCCUUUGAUGGGCUUGUUGAGGAUGUGGGGCGAGACCAAACUGUCCCAGAUACAACAGAGGAGGAGGCUGCUGUGGAAGAUGCAGUAAUUCCUGAUCUUGGGAAUGUGCCUGGAUCUGAAGGGAUUAAAGAAGUUACCCCAAAAGGUGAAGAGCCACCCUCAGAAGCCAUGGCUGAAGAGGUCCUCACAGCAGCUACUGUUGUAGUUCUUACAAGCCCCACCACAGUACCUGCUACAGAAACUGCCACACUGGAAGAGUUAGGGCAGGAGGAAUUCCUACAACCUGCUGCUGAGGCUCCAUCAGAAGUUGUGACCGAGCUUACCCCAGAGACAACUUCUGAGGUCAUUGUGGGCCCAGAAGGUGGAGAAGUUCCAGACAACUCUUUGGAUAUCACCCCAGAUGUUGCGUUGACUGAUGAGGUUCAAACUGAGGAUUCACCAGAGCCAACUGAUGAAACUGUGCCAGAUGCACCUGAAGUAGUUGAAGCAGCAAUUCUUGAAGAACCCGAGGAACAUCCUUCAGAGGUCAAAGUCAGCCAAGAUGAAACCGAAGUCAACACAGAGCCAACUCCAACUGUAUAUCUGAUAACAGAUCAAGAUUCAGAAGAAGAAGAUGAAGUAUUUCUAAAUGUGACUCCAGAGCAAGAAUCUGUCUCGGACAUGGAAAUGGAGGUUCCUUCUCAGGCCUCGAUUCUGACAACAGACAAGAUAGCAGUAGAAGUUAGUAAAGACGCUGGAGAGGGCGACGCACCAGAAGACACACCAAAGCUAACGGCCGAGGUUACUUCUGAGCCUGUUGUAGUGAUCUUACAAGAAGACAAGGAUGAAGAUUCCUCCUUUGUCCCUGAGGAGGUGCCACCAGAUGCUACAGUGGCCGAGACGGAGGUCACAGAGGAAGACACACCUGAGGAGAAAAAAACAGUAGCAGAGGCAACAGAAGAAGAGGUGAAAGUAGAAGUCAAACACGAAGAAGCUUCGGUUGUUGUUGAAGAUGAGACAACUGAAGCUGCUGUUGAAGUGGAGUCCACGGAAGUGAUAACAGCAGAGACAGGUGAAACAGCAGAAGAAGAACUAGCAGUUGAAAUAGAAGAUGUCACGGUGGGGGAAGAGGAAGUGGUCGAGGCAGCAGAGGAAAAACUAUCAGAGAAAAAAGAAGGGGCAACAGUUACCGCGGAGGAUACAUUACAAGCUCCAGUACACGUCACAGCAGAAGAAGAACCAGCUGAGGCUACAGUAGAAACAGAAAUCACUGAAGAACGGCCAGUAGAGACAGUAGAUGAGACUACAAAAGAAGAAGGAACAACCCAGACUACAGGAGAACCAGUUGAAAGUGCAGAAACACCUGAGGAAUCUCUUGAACCUGAAGAGAAAAAAGAAACAGAUGUAACAGCACAAGAAGCAGAACCUGAACAAGAAAUUGUAGAAACAGCAGAGCCGACAGGAGGUGCUGCAAAAGAGGAAGAACCUGGAGCUGAAACUACUGAAGAGACAGAACCCACAGGAGAACCAGCACAGGGAGUGGAGCCUGCAGAAGAAACUGCAGAGGAGUCAGCAGAACCCUCAAGAGUACCAGCACAGGAAGUGGAGCCUGCAGAAGAAACUGCAGAGGAGUCAGCAGAACCCUCAAGAGUACCAACACAAGACGUGGAACCUGUAAAAGAAACUGCGGCAGAAACAGAACUCACAGAAGAACCAACACAAGAAGCAGAACUUGUUGAAGAAAUUUUAGAAGAGACAGAACCCACCAGAGAACCAGCACAAGAAGCAGAACACAUAGAAGAGGUUGAUGAAAGGAAGGAACCUACGGACAGAAUUGCACAAGAUGCAGAGCCUGAAGUGGUAACUGAUAAAUCGGAUCUUGAUAUAACAUCUGUAGAUAAAGAACAAGAAGCAGCAGGAGGGGAACCAUCGGACAGAGAAGAAGCUAUUUCUGAAGUCUUGGAGGAGAUAUCAGAGGACGAAGUCAGUAUUGCCGAAUCAGAAACAGAAGAAUCUGAACCAGAAGUUGCUGAGGAAGUUGUCCCAGAGACUCUUGAGGAAACCCGAGACAUUGAUGAGGAGAUUACUCCGGUUAUUUUUGUUGUUCCCGAAGAUACUGAAAUUUUAUCACCCGCAACAGAGGUGGAGGAAAUACCUGAACCAGAGGUAACAGUGGAACUUCCAGAAGACCCCAAAGUAAGAGAAGCACCAGACACCAGUAGUAAGGGUACUACACAGGUGGUUGAGCCUGAAAGGAAAGUUCCAGAAUUGGAAUCUUUCCCUGAGAGAGAAACUGUCCCAGAGGCUGCGAGUGAAACAUCGCCAGAGGUUUCCCAUCCAGGGACUGCCACAGGGGGAGAUAUCACCAAAGCAGAGGAGGUCAAUCUAGAGUUUCCUGAUGAGCCUGUCCCAGAGGGCACACCUGAAGAAGACCUAAGUGAGGACAGUGUUCAGGUUGUCCCAGAGGAAGUUGAGGGUAUCUCCCCUGAUGUAUCAGCAGAGGAUGCAAAUCAAAUCACGACAGAGGCCCCAGCGGAGGUCACAUCAGAGCCCCUUGCCAAAAUCACCCCAGAAUCUGUUGCGGAGGUCACUGCAGGGACAACGCAAGGCACUGCAGUGGAUGCCACUGAGGAGGCCACCCCUGGUCCCUCUUUGGAGGUCACAACAAAGUACGUAGUCGAGUAUAACAACGGCAACUUCCCAGACCUAACAGAGAGGCCUUAUGACUUAGAGGACAACUUAUUUGGAAACAACGCCUUUGGGUUGGAGGACGAGAACUCGAUCGGUAAUGAGAUAGAUGACACCCUGCUGUGGCCCCAGAGGCCCCUGAAGGACCAGGUUGUGGAGCUGAGCCUCAAGCUGAGAGGAGAAACCUACAACGACGCCCUGAGAGACCCGAGCAGCUUCCACUACCAGCAGCUGGCCCGACACUUCACACGCAGGAUCGAAGACGCCUUUGAGAGGCUGCCAGGCUUCAAGAACAUCUACAUUGUUGAAUUCAGGCCACAGAAGGAUCUGGAACGAGGUUUGGUGGUCCUGGUGCACUACGCCAUCACCUUGGAAGUGGACAGCGCCAGCGGCAUCGCCAAUGACACGCUGGACUUCAUCUCCCUGCAGAACAACCUGGUGGAGAAGAACUAUCCCGGAGCUGCCGAGCAGCCCACCGUCGUCUACACCAUCACCGACUUCCGCAACUACAUCACUGAGGCGCUGCACAAGGACAACUUCAUGUCCAACAGCAGCCUGGAGAGGCAGCCUGACGACCCACAGCUGGAGAAUGCGGAGAACUUGUUACCUGAUGUGAAACCUACGAGCCGAACGGCCGACGCCUUCAACAACAUGGAUAACGUCCUCGCUGCAGAGAAGCCUCCCGAUGCUCCACUUCAUGAGGCGGACACCAGCAACAUUUUCCUCAACAAAGAGGACUUCCUGUUUGACCCCUUUGACCAGUGGAAAGGUCCUCAGGGCGACGUAGUGAGCGAGAAUGACGUCUUCAUGUUUGACGAGAGCACGAGGCCUCCGGCCGCAGAAUUCCCUGAGCUGCAGAGUGAGAAUAACGGAAACAUUGAAGAUGAAGAAUUCCUCCUGAGUAACGCUCCUGCUGCUGGAGACGACACCACCCGAGGGGACCAUGCAGCUGGUCCUGGAGGCUCCUCUGCAGCCGCCCCCCUUUCGACACCGGUGAAACCGCAGACAGGCUCUGAGGUCACGCUGGAUGAAGGAUCUGGCUCUGGUUUCUCUGGAGACGGCCAGGGAGCUGAUCUCUGGUCCUGGCAGCCAGCAGCAACCUCUGACGGCGCUGGCUUCUAUGAGGAGGGUGAUGGCAGCCUGGAGGUGCUACCGCCACCUGAUCUUGAGGAAACCGAGGAUGAAGAUGAGGAUGUUGGUGUUGAUUCAGUAGCCACUGAGAAAGCGGAUGUAAUUGCGAUGGAAGUUGAGUUCACGAGUGCUCCCCCUUUGCAGGCAACAACAGUUCCUGCUUUUGAGGAAUCAGUGCUGGAUAGAGGCAUAGAGGAACCUUUCUUGGACCAGGUUUUGAUUACACCACACAUCAGCACUGACCCUCGGUACUCAACCACCACCACAGCACCUGUAUUCUCGCCAAAAGGAACCUUGAACAUAGAACUUUCAGUUAAAACAGUGGAGACAUCUCUCAUCUAUGAUGACUACUCCUCUACUGGACCUCACACCCGUGCAGCACCAGUCACAGAUUCUCCUGAACCUGAACCCUGGACUCGUGAGGCCCCUGUUUUUGCAGGGCCAACUGAUUCGGCAGUUAAGCUUCCAGAAAUCACUAAAGAUAUACAAGUAACUACUGAAACAGCAACAGAGCUUCCAGCGGCUACAGAUGGGUUUAAAUCAGAAGAUGUACCUGAGAAAAAGGAGGUUGAAGUCACUGUUGCACCUGAAGUACCUGAUCCUGGCGUUUCCUCAACCGAAGGGUCCCCUACGAUUGUCGAAGUCCAGGCAGUCACAGUCAAAGAAACCAGUUUUGAUUCAGUCACUGAAGAGCUGCCAGAACUCGAGAUACUUACAGAAAAACCCAAACUGCUGCUGCCAGAAACCGAAGACCACAGUGAAGUUGAGAUUUUGGAGGUGCAACACAUUGGUGGCGCUGAUCCUGAGAUAACGACGGUGCCGGCAGUUGGAAUCCAAGAUGAGGAUCUGACUGCGGAUGAAGUCAUGGUUGUCACCACGGCAGCUGCUCCUGUCCUCACUUCCUCUGUAAGUUCAGACCACAGCAGCAGCAUCGCGCUCUCGCCUGAAAAGGACUCACCAUUUACUCGAGUGUCGGAUUCGGCGCCAGAAGAUGAGGAACCGGUUCACCAUGAGCAUCCAAACCAUGAAGACAUUGAAGAAGUUCCAGUGAGCAGUCCAACUGAAGAUGUUCCUCAUUUAACGCCAUCAGUGGUGGUUGUGAACAAAACAGAAGAUGCUCCAAUGGAUGCUGUAGAAGUGCCGCCAGGUGCUUCAGCACAAGAUGAAAACUCAUUUACCACCUUGACAAAUACUUCAGAAAGUAAAUUAGAUAGCGGUAUGGUCCAAACAACGUCCUUGCUUCAGGAAGUUAACAACAACACCCCCAUUACUGAGAUCCAACCUUUCGAGCACAUUUUUUCCGACGUGCCAAGCAUCAACGUCAGCUUUGAUGUGUUCCAGUAUGGCGGUGUGGCAACUGAGGCUGACAGCAGUGGCUUCUCGAGCGGGGCUCAGGGGUCAGACCUGGAUGCCAUCGCAUUACCGACCCGACCCGGCAGGGCCCUGACGGUAUUCUUCAGCCUAAGGGUGACCAACAUGGCGUUUUCCAUGGACCUCUUCAACAAGAGCUCCCCUGAGUACAAGGCUCUGGAGCAACGGUUCCUCCAACUGCUGGUCCCGUACCUUCAGUCCAACCUGAACAACUUCCAGAACCUGGAGAUCCUUAACUUCAGGAAUGGCAGCAUUGUGGUGAACAGCAGGAUGAGGUUCGGUAAGCCAGUUCCCAGAGGGGUAACCAACGUCGUCUACCUCAUCCUGGAGGACUUCGCCAACACUGCCUACCAAACCAUGAACCUGGCCAUCGACAAGUACUCGCUGGACGUCGAAUCCGGUGACCGGGCGGACCCCUGUAAGUUCCAGGCAUGUAACGAGUUCUCCAGGUGUAUGGUGAACAAGUGGUCAGGCGAGGCCGAGUGCGUGUGCGAUGCUGGGUACCUGAGUGUGGAUGGCCUGCCGUGUCAGAGCAUCUGUGAAGUGCAGUACGACUUCUGCCUCAACGACGGCAAAUGUGACGUCAUCCCCGGCAAGGGUGCCAUCUGCAGGUGUCGGGUUGGUGAGAACUGGUGGUACCGUGGUGAGCACUGUGAGGAGUAUGUCUCCGAGCCACUGGUGGUGGGCAUCGCCAUAGCCUCAGUGGCCGGCUUUCUCAUGGUGGCGGCCGGGAUCAUCUUCUUCCUGGCAAGGACGCUGCGAGAGCAGUACGAUGGGGAGGACACCGAGGACCCUCUACGACGGGGCGACAGUGUGCCAACACUGGAGCGAGCCACCAAGUUCAACCCCAUGUUCGAGAGUGACCCGGUCAUGGCCCAGUAUUACCGUCGCUACGACGAUGAUGUGCCCCGGUACAGCAGAUCUGCUGGAGCCGAUGGCUCCAGAGACAUUGGCAGCAAUGAGAUACAACACAUCUACCAAGACACCACGCUAACCAAGGAGGAGAUCCAGGAGCGUCUCAGGAUAAUCGAGUUGUGUGCCAGAGAUCAACACUUUGCAGACUUUGUGCGACAGACUCAAGUAUUCCUGGAGAGGAGAGGAAGCUCCACCACAUAGCGAGUCCUGAGCCGGUGACCUCGAGAAACCUGCCUUCGUCUCUGAUUCCCGGGAGGACGAGGAGUUCAUCUUCUGUCCAGUC